AUGCCGGAGGUUAAAGGCUGGGACGCCUGGCGCUCCCGUCCGAACAUCCUCCUCCUGAUGGCCGAUGACCUGGGCAUCGGGGACGUCGGCUGCUAUGGCAACACCACGCUCAGGACGCCCAACAUCGACCGCCUGGCAGAGGAAGGGGUGCGACUCACUCAGCACCUGUCGGCGGCGUCUGUCUGCACCCCGAGCAGGGCCGCCUUCCUGACCGGGAGAUACCCGCUGCGCUCAGGUCUGGUCUCCAGCCAGGGACGCCGCGUCCUGCAGUGGUCUGCGGCCUCUGGGGGUCUGCCCAGCACCCUCGCUGAGCUCCUGCAAGAUCAAGGCUACGUCACCGGGCUCAUAGGGAAGUGGCACCUCGGCGUGAACUGUGUCCGGGCGGGCGACCACUGCCACCAUCCUCUGCGACACGGUUUCCAUCACUUCUUCGGGAUGCCCUUCUCCAUGAUGGGCGACUGCGUGCCGGGGAGCCUGUCCGAGCGCCGGGCCGGGCUGCAGCACCAGCUCCACCUCGGUGCCCAGGCCUUGGCCCUGGCCGCCCUCACGCUGGCCACGGCCAAGCUCACCCGCCUCCUGCGCCUGCCGUGGACGCCCGUGGCCUGCGCGGCCGGGGCCGCCGGACUCCUGCUACUGUGCUCGCGAGCACUGGACGUGCUGGUGGUGCACGCAGACUGCUACCUCAUGCGGGACCACCGCGUCGUGGAGCAGCCCAUGGACCUGCAUCGCACCUCGGGGCGCCUUCUAAGGGAGGCAGACGCUUUCCUGCAGAGCCACCAGCGGGACCCUUUCCUCCUCUUCGUCUCGUUCCUGCACGUCCACACGCCCCUGGUGACGACGGACCGUUUCCGGGGCCGGAGCGCCCACGGGCUGUACGGGGACCACGUCGAGGAACUGGACUGGAUGGUGGGACGCAUCCUGGACAUGCUGGACGCCCGGGGACUGACCCGGGACACGGUUGUGUACUUCGCCUCGGACCACGGGGGCUCCCUGGAGGCGCAACUGGACGGUCAACAGCUCGGCGGCUGGAACGGCAUCUUCAGGGGCGGCAAAGGCAUGGGGGGCUGGGAAGGGGGCAUCCGCGUGCCCGGGAUAUUCCGCUGGCCGGGCGUGCUGCCCGCCGGCCGCGUGGUGUCCGCGCCCACCAGCCUCAUGGACGUCCUCCCCACCGCGGUGCGGCUGGCCGGCGGGCACUUGCCCCAGGACAGGGUCAUUGACGGCCAAGACCUGCUCCCUCUGCUGCUGGGCACGGGUCAGGGUGGACACGAGUUCCUCAUGCAUUAUUGCGAGAACCUACUGCACGCCGUACGCUGGUACCAGGCGGAAACCGGCGCUGUCUGGAAGGUGCAUUACGUGACCCCGCGUUUCCAUCCCCCUGGCGCGGGUGCCUGUUACGGCCGAGGUGUCUGUCCCUGCUCGGGGCCCGGCGUGAUUGAACACGACCCGCCUCUGCUCUUCAACCUGGCCAGCGACCCCGGAGAAACCCGGCCCCUCAGCGUCCACACGGAGCCCCGGUUCCCGGAGGUGGUGGCCAGGGUCCGGCGGGCCGUGGAGGAGCACCGGCGGACGGUCAGCCCCGUGGCCCUGCAGCUGGACGCCGGCAACGUCUGGAAACCCUGGCUGCAGCCGUGCUGUGGACGGUUCCCUCUCUGCUGGUGUGACGACCACGAGACGGGCGAGCCCUGA